ACGCUUAGAGACGAAUAUCAGUGUCUCUCUGUACUAAUUGGGUACAACAUCCAUUAUAAUCUAUGUGAUUUAUUAUUGAUUCAAAUACGUUCCUCGGACUAGCCGCGCUUUCUCAACAUGUUCCAUUUCUUGCUAGUGGUUCUGUACGCAAGGGGAGUUGUAGCGGAAGAUGGGCCACUUGUCCAGACCUCCUUAGGACCAAUAAGAGGAUUCUAUAAGUCAUCAUUUCAUGGUCGUAAAUUUUCGGCAUUUGAGGGAAUUCCGUAUGCAAAACCCCCAGUCGGCGAUUUACGAUUUGAGCCGCCUCAAGAUGCGUCGCCUUGGAAUGGUGUAUUAAACGCAAAUAAACAGUACAUGUGCACGCAAUUUGGAAGUGUAAUUUUGGCCUUCGAGAGCACCAUAGGCACUGAGGAUUGUCUGUACUUAAAUGUCUACGUACCAAAAACACAAAUUUCGACUGAUGACAAUUACGACGUAAUAGUUAAUAUUCAUGGAGGAUCGUUUAUGUUUGGGUCCGGUAUUACAUACGCAGGUCCCCGUCCGAUAAUGGACCGCGAAAUAAUUUAUGUGAAUAUAAAUUAUCGCCUAGGUAUUCUGGGGUUUUUAAGCACCGAAGAUAAUGUUCUACCUGGAAAUAUCGGAUUGAAGGACCAGCAACACGCGCUUAAAUGGAUACAAACGCAUAUAAAGCAAUUUGGUGGUAAUCCAAAAUCAGUAACGCUCAUGGGGGCGUCAUCUGGUGGAGCUUCGGUCCACUUGCAUUAUUUCUCCCCGAAAUCUAAAGGUUUGUUCCAUAGAGGUAUAUCUCAAAGUGGAACUGCUCUGAUGUCAUGGGCCAUUCAGGACGGUGCCGCGCAGAAAGCUAGAAAGCUGGCAAAGAUUUUGAACUGCGAAGAUUCGAAUACACAAACUUUCAUUAAAUGCCUCAAAGACAUACCCGCAGACAAACUCGUGGAUCAAACAAAAUGGUUUUUCCACGUUGCACGAUUCCCAUUUGCGCCCUUUGGACCCGUUGUAGAAGUAGAGUCGGAGUCCUCUUUUCUAACAAAACACCCGUACAUGCAGUUGGAAGAGGGCGAGGUGAACGAUGUCCCUUGGUUAACUUGGGUUACAAAGGACGAAGGAAAUUUAGGAUCUAUUAUUCUAAACAUAAAUGUAACUAAUGAAGUGGAAACACACUGGGAUGCAUGGGCUGAACAUUUAUUUGAUUAUGAACACGUGGUCUUGGAAACGAAAAAGCAUGACGUGUCUGAAGGGAUUAAAUCGUUUUAUCUCCAAAAUGAACAAACGCCUAAACAUAACAGCGGUUUAUUUCAUAAGGCCUUUGGUGAUAGAUUAAGUAAUGUCGGCUUUGAAACUGCAGUUCAAAUGCAGGCGAAUGUUACAAAUUCAUCGGUUUAUGCAGGAAUUUACGGUUACAAUGCCAGUGUGACUCUCGGCACUUUUUUUGGGAUAGUCUUGGAAGGGACCACUCAUGGUGAAGAAAAUUUGAUUUUACAUGGUAUAGAGGCAAUUCAAUCAAUGUUUCCACACAUACAAUUUUCCAAAAACGACGUUUUAAUGAAGGAUACGUUAUUUGACUUUUUUACAUCAUUUGCAAGCAACGGCAAACCACAAUGCAGGGGAGUAGAGUGGAAGCCGUUAACCUCUAAGAGUUAUCAAUAUUUACUUAUUAACGAUAUUGACAAUAUUAGUAUGUCAGAAAUACCCGAAUUAAGCCCAAAGGGAUUUUGGGAGAGUUUGAAUUUACGGGAAAACAAACGAUUUUCAGAAAAACUAUCAACUUUAUAGGUUUUUGCUUACACUUGUUAAUUUCUUAGGUCGCAUACACAUAAAUAAGUUAUUCAUUAAUAAACUUAUUGAAAUUUUUCAUAAACGUGACGGUAUUAAAACAGUGCAGCUUUUCUUGUUAAAACCUAGUUCUAGUUUUAUGUUUGUUUAUUAAUAAACUAUGGUCACUA